AUGUCAGGUAUGGAAGUCUUCAACGGACCUGCGCUCUUUGCGAUCACCCAUUCGAGCCUUGACGCGAUCACACAAUUCAUCUGGUCUAGUGGUCCAAGAUCCCAACGGUUGGUCAAGAGCAAGUCGCCUAUAGAAGCCAAUAAAUGGCGUUAUAUAUUUGAGGCUGGUCUAACGAUAUGGGGGAAGAGUGGCAUAGACUUGGACAAGCUGGGCCAGGCCAUGGAGAAGUCCGAUGAUGGCCGUUCCGGCAGGAGCAAAGAAGACCAUGCGAGCGACGAUGGCAUGGAUGUCGAUCUACGAGACGACCCAGUCCACCAAUCAAUUGAGUCGGCAACAAGCGAAAGCGGGCAAAGAAAGAAGGUAGCUACUCUUCGUGGCGGAUCGGGACGUGCAGACAGUGUCGUCGACAUCCAGCGUCCCAGGAGAGCAACACGUCGAAACAUUGACUACAGGCUUCUAGAUCACGGCGUUGAUUCAGGGAAGAACGUCACGCAAACAGCCAACGAGGAGCGACCGAAGAAGGUGCGGCGAACACGUCCAUCGUCAACUUCUCCAAGUGGGUCGCACUCUGCCCAUACAUCCCAAGUAUUGGAGGGACUCCUGGCUUCAGCGUCUAAGGAUAACGCCCAGCUAAGUACGGAAUCCCUUCAUCCUCGUAAGGCCGCACAGCUCCCAGAAGAACCAGAAGAAACAUUGUCACUUUCAAAGCUAGACACAGAAGACGAUCUAGACCUUGAAUUCAGCAGACCCAGAGAAGAGGAAUGGAUCAACUCAGGACACAUCGCCCGCUACGGUAUGAGUGAUGAAUGGCGGGCCAAGAUCGAUCAGGCUUUCCAACCUGCAUUGGCCGAAGUUCAGCGCCAACAGCGCAUAUGGGAUGAGCUGAUACAAGGUCAAAUCGACACUGUUCAGGCUCAGAAUCAACUGUGUGGAACGCACGGGCUACGCUUUCAGUCAAGCAGUGAGUCCGUGCUUGGUCCAGAGAAUAGCCAGGCCGCUAAGGUAUUGGGAGGCUCAUUGGCACACUCGCGGAGAGGUACGGGGAAUGCUGGAACGGACGAAGCGAGCGCAGAAAAUGAGCUUACGCUACCAUCGCUGGAAGUGGAGUCACAUCAUUUUGGGACCGAUGCGUGGCUAUCUACCUCAAUGCAUCUGGACCAGCUCUUUGAGGGGAGUGGGGGACAUUGA